AUGCGCUCUAUUGUUCUGUCUGCCCUGGCGGCGGGCCUUGCACAAGCUUACACAGUGACGAAUGUUGGGUUGUUCAUGUUCAAAAACAUCGAUCCUCUGGUGGUCCCUGGCAAAUACACCAGCCAUAUGCACAGCUUCUUUGGCUCCGAUGCUAUCACUGCCAACACUAAAACAUCUGAAGAGCUGCAGAAGGGCUGCUCCACGGCCAAGAACCCCAACGAUUAUUCGACCUACUGGGUUCCAACCCUCUACCAUGUCGAUGGUUCAAAUUAUACCGCAGUCCCUAUCUUCCGAUUCAGCGCCUACUAUGUCGAUGUCAGCAGUGCCGAGAUUGCCAUCCCCCAGAACAUGAAACUUCUGGCGGGCAAUGCCACUGCUACGUCCCAGGACGGCGUGGAUGGCAACGCUGGUAUCCAAUGGUUCUGCGACAGUCAGGAAGGAGAGGAGAAAGACGACGCAGCCUUCCCAACUGAGACGUGCAAGUACCAUCUGCAGACUCUUCUCCUCUUUCCCGACUGUGCCAACCCAGACACCCUGGAGUAUGCUUACUCGGCCAACCCCAAUUGGGUAGAUGGCUAUGGUGAGAAUCGUUGCCCAAUUGGAAUGAAGCGUAUCCCUCGUCUCCGGUUCUCUAUCCGUUACGACUUGCGGGAAAUCCUCCCAGACGGCUGGUCCGGUAGCCCUCCCUUGGAACUCGCCUGCGGCUCCUCCUACUGCAGCCACGGAGAUUUCAUCAACGGAUGGCUUCCAGAGGCCGCAGAAAACAUGGUUAAGGACGCUGCAUCCAAUGACCGCGAGUAUUUCCAGGUCUCUGGUCCCAAUGGAACGGGUGACGAGGGUUCCUUGUGCGAUGCAGAGGAUGCUCAGGAUAGUGACCCUACCCACGGUACCAGUGAUUACUGGGAGAGUGUGAAGAUGAUGGGGAUUUUCACACUAUUCUGCUUCGAGCUACUUAUCUCUCUCGACGAUGUAACACUCGUCCCUUUUUACUCGUACCCUAUCGACAUCAGCCCCUGCAGCACGAAAUGCCGAUUCAUCCAAAACUGCCGCACCCCAACCCCACAAGAUCGACCCCCGAUGGCUUACCAUGACAAAGAGGAGAUUGGGCAGGUGCAUGAUGUUUGGCCUAAAGCGACACAAGUUCAAGAAGCCGGAGAGAUAUUGCAACAGAUUGCGAGGGAUUGGCACGGGGCCUCUUCCGGCAGAGCGUUGCUUGGGGAGAGAUGGACGUCUGUAUGGAUCACAGGAUACCAUGGCCAUGUUAAUAAUGUCACCUACGUCCGAUACGCCGAAACUGGCCGGGUAUACAUGACUCGCAAUUUUGCCACACAUAUAGAUCCGGCUCAUAAGAAAGAAUGGAUGAAUAUUGUCGGAAAUACGGGGAUUGGAAUCAUUCUGAGGAGCAUCAAGAUCGAUUACAAAUUCCCCAUGAUAUACCCCGAUGAGGUCACGGUCUAUCACAAAGUAGCACAUGACCCAUCUUCUCCUCAUUCGCACAAAGACGCAUUCAAUCUGCAGGCCGUAAUUAUAUCAGAAGCGAAGCAACGACCAGCUGCCCGUGUCCACGAAGACCUGGUAAUAUACGAUUAUAGGCGUGGAAAGAAGGCCGAGAUGCCACCAUUUAUGCUGGAGCAGUUCAAAUCCACCUGGGAGCUUCAAGAGAAGGCAAAGAAAUUCUGGCAGCAGCGGAUCCUCGAUAUCGAAGCAAGGGUGCGAACGUUGGAAAAGGAGAGUUGGGAUCGUGAGGACGCCGUCGAAGAUACAGGGUCCGCAAAGAAAUAA